GUUUCAUCCAGUUCGUCCCUCCGAUACUGGGGCAUUCGUAGGGUCACGCGAAAUCGGAAGUCGGAACUCUCAUCCCUUGUCUUCACUAGCCGCCUUGGCGCCUCGCCGCCGGUUGACGGAGAAGCGGUUUAGAUCCGCCGCAGGGAGGAGUAAAGAACUAUUCCUUCCUAUUCCCACACUCCUCUCCACCGGUCCGACACUUCCCCCCUAUUGCGAAGAUAGCAAUCCACUCAACUAUCGCAUUGAGAAAUUCUAGACGUGUAAAUUUGUUGUUGCUUUUGCAAAUCGAACAAAGUUCAUUAUGAAGCCCAUGGUUUUUGGUACAAUCAAGAACCAGAUGGAAGCGAAGGAUGGCAAUUGGUAUAAGAAUGUUCGUGAAAUAUAUGCUGAUGUAAGAUUGGUUUUCACUAACGCAAUGAAAUACAAUGAUGAUCAAAGUGAUGUUCAUGUUAUGGCAAAGUCAUUGCUGGAAAAUUUUGAAGAGAAGUGGCUGCCAUUGCUAGCUGAAGUUGCUGAAGAGGAAGCAAGGCAAAAAAAUGAGGAAGCUCAAACCCUUGCAAAUAUGCGGAAUUCUCGAAAGGCUGCAUAUUCAAAAAUAGCUAGAGAAACAUACAAUGAGCUUGAUGAACUCAACUCGCAAUUGGAAGAGCUAAGGGCAAUGGUAAUCAAGAAAUGCAGAAAAAUGACUACAGAGGAGAAAAGGAAACUUGGAGUUGGCCUUAGCACUUUAUCCUCUGAAGAUCUUAACAAGGCUCUAGAGAUUAUAGCUGAAGACAAUCCUGGCUUCCAAGCUACUGAUGAAGUAGUGGACCUCGAUUUGGAUGCACAGAGUGAGAGCACAUUGUGGAAGCUCAAAUUCUUUGUGAAGAGGGCAUUAGAGAAUCAAGGAAAGAACUCUGCAAGAAAGGCGGAUGACAACUUGAAGCGAAAGAGAGAGAUUAUUUGUGAAGCUUUGGUGAAGAGCGCAGCAAAGAAGAGAAACAAAAAGCUUCCGGUGUCGUGACGUUGCUUGAUGUUAUACAUGUAAAUGUAACCAUGUUUUUGUUGCUAAAAUAAUUUAGCUGGAACUUUUGAAGUAGGUUGCCUAUGUUGUUGUCCAAGAUGUUUGAAAGAAGUUUUUUUUAAUCUUUAAACAGCUUUUUGCCAGAGGUAACACUUAUGGCAAACUGCAAAAGUUAAGCAAUAUGGUCAUGGAUGUAUAAUUUCUAAUGUUUGCUCUAAUUAAUGGCAGUGCCUAUCGAUGUGGUAUAUUCGCUUUA